UCAGGGUUUGCCCUGCCUCACAGUGAAGAAAUUCUUUAGGAGGAGCUGCUUUUGCAUAUUUUGGUGAAACAGAGGCAGUCCUGACAGCGCUCCUCCAUCGGAGACAAGAGGACGCGAUUCUUCAAGUGGUUAUUUAUGGAAUAAGAGGAGUCCUCCAGCCAUCAUGUCAGUGAAGUCAGAUGGAAAAAAGAAGUGGGCGGCCGUCAGGGGCCGCCUGGGCUCCUCACAGGACUCAGACACCCAGCCGGAGGCCAACCUGGAGAGUGCCGACCCAGAGCUGUGCAUCAGACUGUUGCAGGUCCCCACCGUGGUCAACUAUUCUGGGCUGAAGCGUCGGCUGGAGGGCAGCGACCAGACAUGGAUGGUCCAGUUCUUGGAGCUCAGCGGGCUGGAUCUCCUCCUGGAAGCCCUGGAUCGCCUCUCAGGACGAGGCUGCUCGCGCAUUGCCGAUGCCCUCCUGCAGCUCACCUGUGUCAGCUGCGUACGAGCUGUCAUGAACUCGUCAGCAGGGAUCCACUUCAUCAUAGAGAACGAGGGAUACAUCCGCAAGCUCUCCCAAGCCUUGGAUACCUCCAACACCAUGGUGAAGAAACAGGUGUUUGAGCUGUUUGCUGCCCUCAGCAUGUUCUCUACAGACGGCCAUCGUCUGGCGCUGGACGCCCUGGACCACUACAAGGGUGUGAAGACCCAGCAAUAUCGCUUCAGUGUGAUCAUGAAUGAGCUGCAGGCCACAGACAACGUCCCCUACAUGGUCACCCUGCUCAGUGUCAUCAACGCGCUCAUCUUUGGGAUGGAUGACCUCAGGCAGAGGGAUAAGAUGAGAAAGGAGUUUAUCGGGCUUCAGUUACUUGACGUACUGCCUAAGUUGAGAGAGCAGGAGGAUGAAGACUUGAUUAUUCAAUGUGAAGCUUUUGAAGAGGCAAUGGCAGAGGAUGAGGAUGAGCUCCUGCGAGUCUAUGGGGGAAUUGACAUGAGCAAUCACCUGGAGGUUUUCACUACACUCUUCAACAAAGUGAGCAGCUCCCCAGCCUCUCUCCAGCUGCUGUCCAUCCUACAGACGUUGUUGCUGCUGGGACCAGAGCGCUGUGAUAUCUGGCAGGCCCUUGAGGCCCUCACUAACAGAGCCAUACUGCUGGCCCAAGACUCUCAGGUGGAGUCCUGUGAGAAGGUCAUGCAGCGCCUGAUGUUCUCCAAAGGCAAUACCAGUGUAGGUCAUCAUGAAGUGGACGGGCAGGCAGUCAGGAGGGUGGACAAGGCUGUGCAGACUGAUCUGGCUGAAGACGAUAAAGAGAAACUGGCAAAAAGCACCACAUCCAGCCACAUGCCACCAUGUGCCUCUCUUCCACCUCCACCUCCACCUCCACCCCCACCCCCACUCCCAUGUAUGCCUGGGCCCCUGCCCUCAGGCCCCAACCAGUGCCUGCCUCCGCCUCCACCUCCACCUCCACCUCCACCUCCACCUCCACCACUACCCAGCUUAGGCGGAGGACCCCCACCACCGCCUCCUUUGCCUGGAAUGCCACCACCGCCCUGUGGUCCAGGCAUGCCUCCCCCACCACCCCCACCCCUCCCACCUGGGAUUGGCAGUGGAGUGCCUCCGCCUCCGCCUCCCCCUGCCUUACCUGGCAUGCCACCACCACCUCCUCCUCCAGGCAUGAUAAUGGCUCAGACUAGCCAGUUCUUGGGUUGCUCUGCACCCUCCAAGGCGGGCCGGUGCCCGACCCAGAGGAUGAAGAAGCUCAAUUGGCAGAAGCUCCGAUGUGUUACAGAUGGUAACUCCAUGUGGGCGGCGGCUCAGAAAGACCCUCCUUCUCGGGAGCCGGACUACAACAGUAUCGAGCAGCUGUUCUGUUUCCCGGUGACCGAGCACAAAGACAAGGGGGCAGCUGCUCCUGUCAAGAAGGAGCCUAAAGAGAUUUCAUUCAUUGAUCCGAAGAAAAACCUGAAUUUGAACAUAUUCCUGAAACAGUUCAAAUGCUCAAAUGAGGACUUUGUUGCCAUGGUUCAGAAUGGGGACCGGAGUAAGUUCGACGUAGAGGUGCUAAAGCAGCUUCUGAAGCUCCUGCCAGAGAAACAUGAGAUUGAAAAUUUGAAGUCCUUCCAAGGAGAGAAAGACAAGUUGGCUAAUGUUGACCGCUUCUACAUCUCUCUUCUUGGAGUGCCCUCUUAUCAGUUGAGAAUUGAGUGUAUGUUGUUGUGUGAGGAGACUGCCUCAGUGCUGGACAUGAUCAAGCCUAAAGUAAAGCUGGUGGAGGAGGCCUGCCAAACUCUCAGAGUGAGUGCACUCCUGGCCGAUUUCUGUAGGCUCAUCCUCGACGUGGGAAACUUUCUCAACUAUGGAAGUCACACAGGGAACGCAGAGGGGUUCAAGAUCAGCUCUCUGCUCAAGCUGACAGAGACCAAGGCCAAUAAGAGCCGCAUCACUCUGCUUCAUCAUAUCUUGGAGGAAGCAGAGCUGAACCACCCAGAGCUGCUGAUGCUGCCAGAUGAUAUAGAGAUCUGUGAAAAAGCAGCAGGGGUUAACCUGGAUUCAGUUCAGUCAGAAGCCAGUGCCUUACUGAAACGGCUGAACGACGCAGCCAAGAAGGUCUCUAACUCUGUGGAAGAUGUGAAGGAGCAAUACACAAAAGUUAUUGAAGAAAGUCUGGAAGCAUGCCGAGCUUUAGAGGAGCAGUUCACUGAGAUUCAGAAGAAAAGAGGCGAGCUGGCCCUCUACCUAUGUGAAGACUCCAGUCAGCUGUCGCUUGAGGAGCUCUUUGGAACAAUCAAGACUUUCCGAGGACUUUUCAUCAAGGCACUGAAGGAAAACAAAACCAGAAAAGAGCAGGCUGCCAAGGCUGAAAAGAGAAAAAAACAGCUGGCAGAGGAGGAGUCCAAGAGACAGAAAGGGGAGAAUGGAAAAAUAAUCAAGAAAGGCCUCAUGCCACAGAACGAUGGCUGUAUCAUUGACCACCUCCUGGCAGAUAUCAGGAAAGGGUUCACCCUCAGGAAGACAAGGCCCAGGUGCGAUUCGGAAAGCCUCCCUUCUAGUGAAAUGCAUAGGGAUACCAGCCAACCUGGAUCAUCUGUCAAGCCUGUAGAAGAAGAAGCCGAAACCUUGGCACCAGAAAUGGCACCAGAGGGACACAAGGCCACCGCAGGCAAAGUGGACGGCUUGGCCAGCAAACCCCAGGAAAGUCCGGCAUCGCCACAGAAUGCACUCCAAGACGGGCCAGCUUUACCACCCAGCACACCCCAAGAAGAACCUGCUCCAACAGCGAAGUCACCCCAAGAAGGACCAGUUCUGUUACAGAAUGGGCAACACCAAGAGAAACCUGUAAUGUCACCCACCACUCCCCCACAUGCCAUACAAGCUAAGCCUCAGGUAGGAGAGGAGUGUCAGCCAUGCCCUCGCACAAACAGCAGCACAACAGAUGCAUCUGGGACCAGUGUCCUCACUGACAACCAAAACCCAUCUUCCUUCUCGGAUGCUGACCUGGCAGAGGCUGUCUUGGAUGGCACUUCCUGCCUGGUAACUGAGAAGCUGGUGCCUAAGGAGCCACUGGGCAACAUUGUGGAGGUUGAGCUCAAUGGGAACCACAUGCCUGCUCUUGCUGAUACAGACAUGAAUGUCAAAGAGAGCAGUGAAAGUAAUGUAAUUAAAGUUGGGCAAGAUGACACAAGUAAUAAAAUAAGCCAUUUGGCAGAGAGUGUAGGACAAGAGGGGGCUAGUGAGGAGCAGGGAAGCAUGAUUGGAAAAAGCUCUGGCCAAGAUGAGGUUGUGAGUAACAAACGCUCGGAUCCUAAAGGCAACGAGACGUCAGUCAGCGAGAGCCUCCGGGGUUAUGAUGUCCCGGACGGACUGGAUUCUGAAGAUCUGUUGUCGUCGGUCUCUGAGGCACUGCCAACAUCCGCUUCAGCUCCCGUUAAAUCUGAACCAAAGAAGCAGCAGAAGCUCUUUAGACGAAGCAAAAAGAAGAGUCAUGAAGGUAACAAUGGAAAAGGACACACUAAACAUAAAAAGGGCUGUGUGUUGCAGUGAGGUAGGUCAAGCAACAUGAUGGGAUACUGACGUAAGCGGGGACAUCAUUCUGAUCAACUCGAUCAUCACCAAAGCCUUUUCCCAAAUAACAUUUGUUGUUGAUUCUAACUGGAGUCUGGAUUUGUCUGUGUUGUCCAGCGUUUAACACAUGCUUUUACUUUAACAUCCUGGAAAAUCGGGGGUCAUCAGGUGUCUUGAUGUGCUUUUUAAUGUCCAUCCAGUCUGAGAAGAAAAAUUGCAACAAUUAAUCCUCUUGACAGUGGCCUAAAAAUAAUCUAAUGUCUUGGUUUUCUUAUUUCAAAUUGCUUCGGUUUGUGAAAACACAACGAACUGGCUCAUUCCAUAAGUGCUGUCAGUUUUCCACAUCUCUCACCCUUAUUUUCGUGUCCUGUCCCAAAACCUCUAAAUAGGACUGUUUAACCUACUAACAAUACACUGUCUCAUGUGCUUCCUGUAACUUGCCCUUUGUUAAUCUGGCUUUUGCUGGAGGAUAAAUGAAUCUGAAUGCAUUAAAAAUAUUUUCUGACA